AUGGGACAUCAAAAAUCAAAAUUGUCCAAUGAACAACAACCAAUAGAGAAAGAAUUUACGGCAUUAACAUUCAGUCAAAUUCAGUAUAUAUGUCGACAUACAAAUUUAAUUGACAACGAAGUUUGUCGACGACAUGAUCAAUUUUUAAAAAUUUCUAAAGAUGGACGAUUGAUGAAAGAACAAUUUACAAGUAUUUUACAAGAAAUCUGGCCUACUGGUAAUGUUCAUAACUUUUCUAAUUAUUUAUUUAAUUUGUGGUAA